UUCUUAAUCUAACUUAACCUAACCUAACCUAACCUAACCCUAUUCAAAAUUUAUUCUAAACCCUAACCUGGUUUUGAGAUGUAACCUAAAAUAAUUGGUUUAUAAAUUUAACAAAACAUUGUUAUAUAUCAAAAAUAAUUAUGUCACUCAUUCGAAGAGGACAGCAAUGGGGAACAUUUGCCCGGAUUUGGCAUAUAUUCGAUGCAACUUGGCAAGAUCCAUUUAAAAGUGCAGAAAUAAUAAAACACUAUCUAAUGGGAUUGUAUAAACCAAUAUAUCACCCUAUGAAUGAUUGCGGUGAUCAUGUAGUAGUGAUAAAUAGCAAAGAAAUUGCAUUAGCUGGAACUGAAUGGCGAAAACGUGUAUACUUCCAUCACAAUACGUACCACGGUGGUGCCACUUGGACUCUUGCUUGGGAAUUACAUAGCAAAGAUCCGACUUUGAUUGUAGAGAAGGCUGUAUAUAGAGCAUUACCAAAGAAUUUACAACGGAGGCACACUAUGCAAAGACUACAUAUAUUUCCGGAUGAAAAAGUACCAGAAGAGAUAUUGAAAAAUAUUGGCAAUCAGAUCAAACAACUGAGGCCAGUACCAGUCAGACUAGAUCAUAUUCCACAAGAAGAAGUGGACAACUUUCCAAGAAUUGUACAAUAUCCUAAACAUUAUAUCUUAAAAUAACAGGUUCAAUAUAUCUCUAUGUUAAAAUAUGU